UCCUCCUGGCGCGUGGCCACGCUUGGAUCCGCUAUUUAAACCGGAUUCAGCUGACAACCCCGUUAGUGAGAGAGACUUGAAUAAACGCGAGGAACGGGCCGACGCGCUCCAGGGUGAAACAUCCCGAUUAUUUAACUCUGUUUCUGUUACUGUUGUAAUGGAUUUGGCGCGCAACGCCUCCGCGCUGUCAUCGCAGCAGACCAACCGAAUCGUCUUGUCCGGUGGAAGCGACAGCAACGCGUAUUUGUACAUCGUCAUCGUGGUGUCUUUCUACGGAGUCUUCCUCACUGGCAUCAUGCUCGGUUACCUGCGCACCAAACGGCGCGAGAAGAGGCGCACGAACGCGUUCACGCGGCUCCUGCACGAGGAGGAGCAGCGCGAGUGGGGCGCGAGCCAGAAGAAGCACAGUUUCAGCCUCCCCGCGUUUCCCGCCCUGCGCUCCACACCGGUGCCGUUCAUGCUGAGCACCGGCCGCGCGCUGGAAAGCGGGAGGAUUCUCUCGCCUCUGGCGUGCGCGCUGUGCUCGGUGGAGCAGAGCAGCGUGAGCUCCCUCAGCUCCGUCGCGGAUGUGCGCUUCACUAUCGAAGAGGAGUCGGACAGCGGCGGACACGAGGAUCCACAGAGAACGGGCUCGGACCACAACAUACACGGAGCAUCCGGAGAAAAGCUCAAAGAAGCGCUCUGAGGUUCCCGCUGCAAACCGUUACGAUGGCAACCAUAGUUCCCGCCGAAAUGCAGUGAUUACAGUUAAUGGUACAACAAAUAAAACUGUUUAAAGUUGGUACAAGACACCGUUGUAAUAAAAAAAAAACAAGUAAAGAACGUUUCUAAAAAGAAACUGUUUUAAGAAAACCCUGUGUUAAUUUAUUGAGGUUUCACGGUUGUAAAUAACUACUGUAGUAACUUGGCGGGAACUGUGAAAGUUCUCUGAAGUGCCUUAAUGGAAAGUAUGAACUCUUACGCCAGAAACAUAUUUUUACACAAGCACAUAACUAGCGAUAUAAAUUGGAUUUGACACAUCUGGGAUUACAAUGAUGCACGAAAUUCGGUUUGUGUUACUAGACGUGUAUUUGCUCGCAUGCUUGUGUGAAGUAUGUUUCAGGCAUUAAACGCGAUGUGACCACUGCCAAACAUUGCGAGACACCUGGAAGUCACUUGAACAAAACAAAACAUUUUUUUUUUAAUCAUUUUACUCAAUAAUGGCCUAUAUCGUCAUUCACACAGACUUGUAAAAUGAUUUACAAAAUGUAAAAAUAUCUGUAUAUUUUGUUCUAUAGACAUUGAUAUGUCUAUAA